UGGAAAAAUACCUAAACAACAACAACAACAAAUCUAUUUCAUUGACAAAAAACAAUUCGCUCAAAAACAGAUUGACAAGUCGAUCCAGAGAUUUAUUUAUUUAUUUUUUUCUCAUCCCAAAAUAAUUGCUGAAAAUUAUGUGCAAUCAUUCGAUUAAUUUGAUCUAGGAAACUAUCUUGUUUUGUGAUAUAACCUCCGGAUUUUUCAACAACAAAUAAAAAUGGAUCUGACCAGCUGUCUUUUCCAAUGGCUCAAAACUUUUGACCUAAAAGGUAAAUGUGAAAAACCACAAGAUCUUUGUGAUGGUGUGGCCAUCACUCAUGCUUUGGUUCAAAUUGCACCAGAAUAUUUUUCCACCGAAAUAUUAUCGAAAAUUGAAAAAGAAUGUGGAAACAAUUGGUUUUUACGUGUUUCGAAUCUACGACGUAUCUAUCUACGUAUUGUUGAUUAUUAUGGUGAAAUUCUAGAUCGUACAAUGCCGGAUAAAUUACAACCAGAUUUAGAAUCAAUAGCACGUGAUUAUAAUCUGAUUAGUUUAGGCAAAUUAUUACAAUUAAUAUUAGGUUGUGCCAUUAAUUGUGUGAAUAAAGAAAAACAUAUUGAAAUUAUGACAACGUUAAGUCUUCAGGUGAAACAAGCGUUAAAAAUUGCCAUUGAUGAAUUGGAAAAUUUUGAUGAAAACAACACUGCAACGGCAAGCACCGUAUCGAAUAUUAAUGAACCAACGAAUCAAUCAUUUUCAUCUAAUAUAAAUUUUCCCAUUGAUCGUCAACAUACUAUUGAAGAAUUUAAUCGUCUACAAGAAGAAUUAUCAAUGAUAAAUGUGUUGAAAGAAAAUGCCUUGCAACGAUGUUCGGAUCUUGAAUCAACCAUUACAAAAUUGGAAGAAGAAAAACGUAAUCUUAAACAAGAGAAUGAAAAAUUAUCAAAAAAUAAUUGGUCAUCAUCAUCAUCAAGAAAUAAUCAACGGCCAUUCGAUUCAAUUGAAAAUGAAAAUCUUUUUCAACGAUUAAAUGGCCAAUUGAAUGUAGCACAAUUAGAAUUGAGCCGUAUGGAAGAACAGAAAGAAGAUUAUAAAAUUCAAUUAGAAAUCAAGGAAAAAGAAUAUCAAAAAUUAUUACUACAAAUAGAUCAAUUGCAAACAAAAUUGAAUGAAUUCAAACAUGAUCGUGAUGAAUUGGAUCGUUUGAAAUAUUUGAAUGAAGAAAUUAUUAAAUAUAAAAACAUUAAUGAUGUGCAGAAGAAAAAAUUGGAAGAAUUUCAAGAACAUAAAAAACAAAUGAAAAUCAUUGAAGAUCGUAAUGCAUCGUUGAUCAAACAGAUUUGUGAAUUAGAAGAAGAUAAAAAAUCCAUUACAGUAUAUAAAAAUCAAUUGGAUUUAAUCCGUAAACAACGUGAUGAAUUGCGUUCAAAAAUGAAUGAAGAAACAUUUCGUGCUGAUAAAAUGGCCGAUGAAUUGAAACGUGUUUAUAAAAAAUAUAACGAUAUCGGCGAGGAGAAAGAAAAAAUGCAACUAGAAUUGGAAAAAAUUCGUAUGGAAUUGUCGCAGCUACGUAAUAAUGAUUCUGGUUUGAUUAAUGUUCCAAGUAUCGAUAUGGAUUUAUCAGCAUCAUCAUCAUCAUCAUCGGCGACAACAGCAACAACGACGAAUUUAAUACGCAACAACAACAACAACAAUGAAAAUGAAAAACUUAUCCGUUUGGAAUAUGAAAAUGAAAAAUUGAAAAAACAACUUCAAAAUUCAAAUGAUGAACGUAUUCGAUUGCUUGAAUCACAGCUUGAUGAUGAAAAGAAUCGAGUAAUCAAAUUGGAAUCAAUGAAUCGAACAAAUUCACAAAAAAUUAUUGAAUUAGAAGGUCGAUUAAAAGAUUUGCCCGAUACCAAUGUUGAUAUGGACGGUGGUGCUGCUGCUGCUGCUGCUAGUGUACAAUUUAAAUCGAAAUUAAAAGAAUUACAAAUUGAAAAUAAUAAUCUGAAAACAAUGUUGGAAAAAAAGAAUGAAGAAUUAGCCGAACGUGAAGAAAGAUUUAAAAAACAUUUGAAUAAAGCAAAAGAAACUUAUGGUAUAUUGGAAACACAUAUGAAUAAUGCAAAAAUAUCAAGCACAUCAUUACCAUUGGAUGGCGGCAGUACGAAAACGAUAAAUUCAUCCGAUGAUAGUGAAUAUUUACGUCAUUUAUGUAGAGAAAAAGAUAAUGAAAUGGAAAAAUUACGUCAAGAAUUUCAACGAACAAAUGCCAUACGUGAUAUUGAAGAACAUUUAAUGUCGGUCAGUUUUCAUAAAAUGACAUUCAAUAUGCAACGAAAAGCAGCCGAAGAUCGUGUUUAUUCGAACAAUUUUCCAGCAAAUUCCACAACAUUCUUGUCUAGACAACGACAGGCUAGUUCAAGAAAAUUUAUCAUUCCAUCCAGUGAUUUAGUCGAAUGAAUAAUGCAUGGCAUUUUUUUUUUGUUUAAUUUUGAUUAUUGAUGAAUAUGGUUAAAAGAAAAAAUUUGACUUGUGAAUUUUUUAUUUCUUUAUUUCCAUUUCAACGUUCAACGUUUAAAUCUUAAAAAUUCUACAAUGUAGACAUUGGUAUGCAACAACAAAGAAUACAAGAUCACCGAAUUAAUUUUUUUGGUUUACAAAGCAUCAUUAUC